AUGGCGGACGUCCAGAACCAAAAAUUAAAGACGAGUGUGUGGUACCGUGAGGUUUGGUAUGAUGAGUUUUUAUCCUGGAACUCCAGCCUGUUUGAUGAGAUCAGAGAGAUCUCCCUACCUCUCAGCGCCAUCUGGGCCCCUGACAUCAUCAUCAAUGAGUUUGUGGACAAUGAACGGUCUCCCGACCUUCCCUAUGUUUAUGUGAACUCAUCUGGGACCAUCAAGAACUGUAAGCCUAUCCAGGUGGUGUCUGCUUGCAGCCUGCAGACAUAUGCCUUUCCAUUUGACAUCCAGAAUUGCAGCCUAACCUUCAACAGCGUUCUGCACACAGUGGAAGAUGUAGACCUGGGCUUUCUGAGGAACAGAGAAGACAUUAAGCAUGACAAAAAAUCAUUUUUGAAUGACAGCGAGUGGGAACUGCUUUCUGUGUCCUCGACAUACAACAUCCUGCAGAUCAGUGCUGGAGAUUUUGCACAGAUUCAGUUUAAUGUGGUGAUUCGCAGGCGCCCCCUGGCCUACGUUGUGACCCUGCUGAUUCCCAGCAUCUUCCUGAUGCUCAUGGACCUGGGGAGCUUCUACCUGCCGCCCAACUGCCGGGCAAGGAUUAUAUUCAAGACCAGUGUGCUGGUCGGCUACACUGUCUUCAGGGUCAACAUGGCUAAUGAGGUCCCGAGGAGUGCGGGGGGCACCUCUCUGAUUGGUGUCUUCUUCACAGUCUGCAUGGCCUUCUUGGUGCUCAGCUUGUCGAAGUCAAUCCUCUUGGUCAAAUUUCUCCACAAGGAGCAGUGUGGUGGGCGGGCACUGCCCCUCCUGUGCCUUCAAAGAGGUGCUGAUGCUGAUGGGCCUAGAGUGGACCCCAGCGCCCAGAGUGCCGAUGUAGCAGAGUCACCAGCUCAUCAAGGACAUCAGGCCCAGCCAGGGGCUCUAGAAGAAGUCUGGCUCCAGCUUCGAUCCAUCAACAACUACCUCCAGACCCAGGACCAGGUGGACCAGCAGGAGGUCCAGUGGCUGGCUGUCCUCUACCGCUUUGACCAGCUGCUCUUCCGGAGCUACCUUGCCAUGCUGGGGCUCUACGCCAUCACCCUGUGUGCUCUCUGGGCUCUGUGGAGUGGCUUGUGA